CAAAUUUUGGAACUGUACAAAAAUCUUAUGAGGUACGGCCAACAAUUGAAAUAUACAGAUAAGGAAUAUUUUGCUAAGAGAAUAAGAAAAGAAUUCAAACAGAAUAAAGGCAUCGAAGAAAAAGAAUCGAUAAAUUUCAAUUACGAGAGAGGAUUAACAGUUCUUCUUCGUCGAUCAGUAGUUUGAAAGCAAUGAUUGAUAAAGUAAUAACCAUUUUAAAACCAAGUAGUAUUAUCAUUUGUUGUCUAAGAUUCAGAGCGAAAAUUGAUUAUUCUCGAGUUCCCAUUUUAAAAAAAGAAGAAUUGGAAGAAAAAUUUGUUCGAGGCUCUGGACCUGGAGGCCAGAAAAUCAACAAAACUUCCAGUGCAGUUUGUUUGAAGCAUAUACCGACAGGUAUUGUUAUUAAAUGCCAUCAGAGUCGAUUUCUUCCAGUGAAUAGGAAAACUGCUCGUGAACUACUGACCAACAAAUUAGAUAAUUUGAUCAAUGGAGAAAAUAGUGUAGAGAAUCAAAAAAAAGCAUUUGAAAUGAAAAAACUACAAGAACGUAAUCGAAGAAGAAAUAAACUACAGGAAAUCAAAGAAGAAUGGAAAAAACAUCAGGAAGAUAAUAAGGAGUCUUGAUUAAUAUAGAUAUAUUCUAACUUUAUUUAUAAAAACAUUUGUAAAUAAAAUAAAGUAUUUUAUAAAUUUA